AGUAGAGAGAAGCAGCAACAUUAGAAGAGAGAAGGAGGAGAAAGAGUAAGAGAAGAAGAAGGCUUUCUUAGACCUCUGGAGUAUUUGGAGUACCUGUGACGGCCACACACACACACACACACACACACACACACAUACACACACACUAUAUACACGCUAUAUGGACCAACACCUCCUCCUCCUCCUCGACCUCCAGCUGUGCACAGAGAAGACCGGCCUCUGCGACCCGACAUGCAUUUCUACUAUGUGGGGGACCACACGUGGGCGACCAUGUUGGGUCAGAGUGUGCGGUUACAGCCGGUGCCCAUCCAGAGCCUGUCGGAGCUGGAGCGAGCCCGCUUACAGGAAGUGGCCUUGUACCACCUGGAGGAGAGGGAGCUGGACUUCAAGAUCAGCAUCCCGAAAGAAAUACACAAACGGAGGAAAUCUCUACGCAGGAAGUUUGACUCGUUCUCAAAGGAAAAGCGAGAGCGAGAAUCGGCCUCCAAGGCGUUCGGCAUCCCCCUCUCCCAGGUCAUCGGCAACGACCGGGCCUACAAGCUGCGGCAGGACGCCCUGAAGGAGAGCAGGCGAGACUGUCUGGACCUGGAGGCCAGCGUCCUGCGCUUCAGGGCCGAGAAGAAGCAGUUCUUCAACGGGAACAAGCCGCCGGUCGGCUCCUUGUCCGUCACAGGAGGAGCUCCCUGCUCGCCGUUCGCUAACUCUGUGGCUCCAGCGGCAGGUUGUGAGAACAAACCGAUGUCGCCUACGUUUCUGGAUAACACCGGCCGAGGACAGAGGAGGGGCGGGCUGUCGGUGGACUCCAUCUCCGACCUUGUAGAGAGUCAGUCUCGCCUGCUGGAGGCGCUGCAGCUCUCUCACCCGGCCGAGCUGGAGCUGAAGAAGACCCCGGGGGGGCCGGAGGGGAGGACCCAGACCAAGCUCAGCCUCAACCCCAUCUACAGGCAGGUGCCCCGGGUGCUGGAGAGGUGCUGCAGCCACAUCGAGACACACGGUCUUCAGACUGUGGGGAUUUUCCGAGUCGGAAGCUCUAAGAAGAGAGUGAGACAGCUGCUGGAGGACUUUGACAUGGGGGUGGACGUCCAGCUGGAUGAGGAGCACAGCGUCCACGAUGUGGCGGCGCUGCUCAAAGAGUUCCUCCGAGAGAUUCCCGACCCUCUGCUGUGCAGAGAGCUGUACCCCGCCUUCCUGCACGCCACCCUGCUGAAGGGAGCGGAGCAGCUUCAGUACCUGCAGCACCUGCUCUACCUGCUGCCUCCCUGUAACUGCGACACUCUGCUGCGACUGCUCAGCCUGCUGCACACCGUGCAGAGCUUCGCUCAGGACAGCGUGGGAACCAACGACGAGGAGAUCUCCGGCAACAAGAUGACGGCGGCGAACCUGGCGGUGAUCUUUGGGCCCAACCUGCUGCAGAAGGAGCGAGGAGCCGACGUGAGUCCUCAGGCCACGGGGAUCGAGGACAGCACGGCGGUCAUCGGCGUCACCCUGGUGCUCAUACAGAACCACCAGAAGCUCUUCAUGGUGUCUGCAGCUCUACAGCAGGAGGUCCUGAUGAGUCUGAUCCAGACGGACCCGGACAUCAUCGACUACCUGCUGCGUAGGAAACUCAGCUGCAGUCACAUAACGGUGGAGAGCAGCAGUGAGUCGGGGGGGGCGGCGGGACACGGGCGCGUCUCUGGACUCUGCAGGAGCCUCCAGCGGGAGUCUGUCCCCGCCGUCGCCGCUUUUUCCUCCGGAUGUCAACGGCGCCGAGGGCAGCCUGACCAGCGAGGUCUUCUUCAAUGUUCUGAAACUGAACCAGAACAGGAAGCGCCAGGACACGAGAUACGGUGAGGUCCCUUCAAAUAAAUCCAUCCGCCACACGCGUCAGUUCCACUCCCACCACAACCUGCUCAGCCUGGCCCAGUCCUCCCCCACCUCCACUACCAGACUUCAAGGGCCGGAGCAAGACCCCCAGGACCGCAGGGGCCCGCUGGGCUCUGCGCUGAGCUUCACCCUGGGCAGCGCCGGAAGCGGCAGCUGCUCCAGUCUGAGCGGCUCGACGGAGAGCAGCAUCUGGGUGAGGCAGACGCCGCAGGACGACAGCAAACCUUCACCGGCCUCCAACUUCUGGGACUUCUUCACCGGGAAAGGGUCGAGCUCGGAGACGAUGGUAUGAUGCAGGGCGAGAAGAAGAGGACGCAUAAGAGUGUGUGUGUGUGUCUGCUGUCAGCGGGUACAUUUAAAGACUACAAUAAAGACUGAAUAACUGAGAUAUGAACGUGUAUGCAGUAAUGUUUGCUUGUGUGUAGCUGCAUGGACUCAUCUAUACUCGUAUAACUCUCCAUAUCAAGCUCUGAUCUUUGAAAAGCAUCUGUUUAUAUUUCAACGUGCCGCAGAGCGAGUGAUUUCCCUUCACGACUAAAUCACGCGUCGACACUUCUUCUCAACCUGAAUUGGACCCAUUUGCAAUGAGUGUGUUUUAAGCAGCCCCUUCCUUUAACCACAAGAGGGCGACAUUCACCACAUAAGCUAAACCUUUAACCCUCCAAUUGCUUUUCCUUCUCUUAUAAUGUUGGUCAAAUGUGUAGAUUACGUGUAUUAGGUUUGGGGAAUAGUGCCAAACAACUGUGUAGUGUAACUCCACGUGUUUGUACAGAGAUGUACUUUCAUCCUGUGGUUGUAGGUCUUCACCACAAACACGGAAGGUGUACAGAGUCCGUCUUUUCUUUUGGAUUCCUCCAUCAAGACCCAAAUGUACCACUUACCUGCAGAGAAUUAAAUGUCAAACUGCC